CAUUUCCCAUAAGGAGAAAAAAUGGCCAGAAUAUCUAAAAAUCUUAGCUCUCCCUGACAAAAAAAAAAAAAAAAUGAAGGCGGCGAGUUUGUAGUUGGUGGUUGCGGUUAUUUCUCGCUGAGUUGUACAUGGUGUUUUCCCCGUUCCGAACUAUUUUUCCUCUUUUUCUCUCUCUCUAGAAUCUUUCCUUCUUCCUUCACUCUCUCCUUAAUCCUCUGUCUACCCAUGUUCACUAUCCCCUUGUUCUCCCUGAAACUGGCCCUUUCUUUUUCGUUCCCUUUCAGAUUCAACAGUUUCCAAUUCUCGGCCUAGUUGAUCUUGAUUGACCUCUGGACUGGCUUUGAUCGGCUUUUCUGUUGAUCUGCUGAAAAGAAAAAUUGCUCUCUUUUGGAUAGUUUCCGCAGCUUAUGGGAUUGAAUUUGUGGAUUGAUCUGAUCAACGGAUUGAAAGUGGAGCUAUUUUAAUACAGAUUCAUUAUUCCAGUGAUUUGAAGGGAAACUCAGAGUAGUAUAUAUUUUUGGGUGAGAUACCAAAACGGUUGCUUUAAGAGAAUAUUAGAAUUUUAAGGGAUUGAAGGAAAAAAAAAAUCAAGAUAUUAUCAAUCAUUGAAUAGGAUUUUGGCUCUGAGUUCAGAAAGAAAUAUUGAGAUUUGGUGAAAAGAAUUGUAAAAUUGAAGGUUAUUUGGUGGAAUAAUCUGCACAUUAGCUGGAAAGUCUGAACAGGUUUCUUUAAGGAUUUUUCCCAACAAGUUCUGACGGAUCCGUCUACUGAAAAUAGGGGUUGCAACUGUCUGGCUGGUCUGGAGUGCAUAUUAAGCAUCAUCAGGGCCCUUAGAAUGGGGUCCUGCUUAUCUGCUGAAAGCAGGAGCCCUCGCCCUGGUUCACCUUCGUCCCCUCAUCUGCCGAAUAUGAAGAGGAGGAACUCAAGGAAGGUAUUAGGGUCUCGGAUUUCUUCCUUUGACUACUGGAAGGAAGAACCAUUGCAUAGAACAGGGCAGUUGUUCUUGAAUGGGUCCAAUGAUGUUGCUUCACUCUUUACUCAACAAGGCAAGAAAGGUACCAACCAGGAUGCCAUGAUUAUUUGGGAGAAUUUUGGUUCAAGAACAGAUACUGUUUUCUGUGGUGUUUUUGAUGGUCAUGGUCCCUAUGGUCAUAUGGUAGCUAAGAGAGUGAGAGACCAUCUUCCGUUAAAACUGAAUGCUCAUUGGGAAGUUAGUAAAUCUGGUGAGGAUGCUCUCAGAGAGAUCAAUUUGAACACUGCAGGAAGCAUGAACAGUGAGACCUCAUUUUUAACAGCUGAUGAGGAAUCUAGGGCAUCUGUAGAUCUCGAGGAAACAGAAAAGUUCCCAGAGAUCUUUCAGACACUUAAAGAGUCUUUUCUGAAGGCUUUCAAAGUAAUGGAUAGGGAUCUUAGAACGCAUGCCAGUAUUGAUUGCUUCUGCAGUGGGACGACAGCUGUAACUUUGGUGAAGCAGGGUCCACAUAUUGUCAUUGGAAAUGUUGGGGACUCCAGAGCUGUUUUAGGUACAAGGGACAAAGACAAUUCACUUAUUGCAGUUCAGUUGACUGUUGAUCUUAAACCAAAUCUUCCAGCGGAGGCAGAGAGAAUUCGAAAAUAUAAAGGUCGUGUCUUUGCUCUUAAAGAUGAACCUGAGGUUGCCCGAGUUUGGCUACCAAACAGUAAUGCACCUGGCCUUGCCAUGGCAAGGGCUUUUGGAGAUUUUUGCCUCAAGGAUUUUGGUCUCAUCUCUGUGCCUGAAAUAUCUUAUUGGCACGUGUCAGAGAAGGAUGAAUUUAUCGUCUUGGCCACUGAUGGGAUUUGGGAUGUGCUUUCAAACAAAGAAGUGGUAGAUAUUGUAGCAUCUUGUCGAGCUCGCACAUCUGCCGCACGAGCUUUGGUUGAGACAGCUGUUAGAGCUUGGAGAUACAAGUACCCAACUUCAAAAGUUGAUGAUUGUGCUGUUGUUUGCCUAUUCUUUGAUUCAAUCUCAAACAACCUAUCUACUGUUUCCAAUGCUAAUGCCAAAGUGCAGCCAGUUUCAGUGGACCAAGUUGAGAAUGAGAAUGAGAAAGACAAUAAUAUCAAUGUCUUAACCAAUGUGGACCGGUCUGGGACUGUUGGAAGUGUCAAAGUUGUUCCAGGAGGGAAUGAAGAUUUAGAUUUAGAUGUAGAUGUAGAUGUAGACUGCUCUAAGGAGGACGAAAUGAAUUCAGAAAUAGGAACAGAUUGGUCAGCCCUUGAAGGAGUAUCUCGUGUCAAUACCCUUUUGAAUCUCCCAAGGUUCGAUCCUGGAAAGUAAUGUUCUGAUGUAGGAGGUUCAAAGCCAGGCUUCGACAUGAGAAAGAGUGGAAAAGAGGGGCAUUGAUUUGGUUUGGUUUGGUUUGAUGUUAAAAAAUGGAGCAAGCAGACCCGGCUGUAUUAGUGUGUCUGGGAAAUUGUCCUUUCUAUCUAUAGCCUGUUGGGUAGAAUUGGAAUUUUUGUAAAUCCAGCUCUCCAUCUCAUUAUUAUUGUUAUUGUUAAUUUGUGUUCCACCUUCAACUGUUCAUGUGUGAAUUGUUGGCAAGUCAUUGUAUUAUGUUGUUAAAUGUUUACUUUGUGACAAUGAAAUGAAGCCUCAUUAUCCUUAA